AUGGCGAGCAACAAUAUGGUCAUCGACAUCGAGAAGGUCGCGGCACCUCAGCCGGCUGAGCCCUUCGUUAAGGUGACGUCCAUCUCCGCCCCCUCGGCCAGGUCCUCCGUCGACAUUGUUCAGCCGGGCAUCAAUCGUGCUAGCAAGUUCACCUUGGAUGAAGACGAAAUGAUGGGGUUGGAUGGAACUGCGGGCACUCGCGAGAGCCUGGGUUCCGCCCUCUUGGGCAUCCCAGUCGGGCUGCUCGCAACCGUCUAUGCGAACCGUCGUGCCGAUGGAGUCAGGCUCCUUGGCCUCUUCGUCUGGCUCGAGGUUGUUUGGGGAAGCCUGUGGCUUUCGAAGUUGAUCGCCAUGCUCAUGCCGACAGCAUACGUCUUCGUCUGCGGCAUCGUCAACUCGGGCACCCGAAAGUACCACCCCAUCGUUCGAAAGAUCGAGACCUCCAUCUCACUCCUUCUCUGGACCAUCAUCGCCUACGCAACCACCGUGCCUGUCUGCAUGGCAUUCGACUCUAAAAUAGCGCCACCCAAAUGGUUGUUGAUCUUGCAGAAGGUUGCGCUGGCUUCCAUCGCCGUGGCGGCCAUGCUCCUCAUCCAGCGUUUCGUCAUCCAGCUCAUCAACAUCACCUACUCGGCAACGCAGUUCACAACUCGCAUUGCGGAAUUGAAGCGCCGGAUUGCCAUGCUCGACACGCUCUACGGAUCGUCGACGCGCAUGUACCCGCCCUUCUGCGACCGGUUCGCGCAGGAUGACUACACAAUCAUCACCGGCGAGAUCCAGCCCAAGGAGAGCUCACCGAGCAAGCUCCUAGCCAACGUGCGCAUGGCGGGUCGCGAGGUGGCGCAAGCUUUCGGGCAGAUGACGGCCGACAUAUCGGGGAACAACUCGCUUUUCAAUACGGACCGGGAGGAGGUGGCGUAA